AUGGCGGAGAAACAAGCAGCAGAAGUUGUGGUUCUUCCUCGCGAAGAAGAUGAAGAUGGAAAAGAGCCAGUACUCAAAAAUCAAUUCGAUUUGAGCGUUUACGAUGUUGACACAACAGAUGUCGACCUAACUCACACUCGCGCGGAUCAUAUUCCAGAUCUUUCUCAGUUUUCGAAAAUCGAAGAGCUCAGAAUGAGAAACAAUCUUCUUACUUUGUGCAGUCCUACAUUGGCGGCAUUAUCCAGUCUCACAUCACUGGAUCUAAUCCGUCAAAUCAGUGGGCUCGAUAAAUUGACAAAGUUGGAAAUUCUAUACCUUGUCAACAAUAAGAUUGAAAAAAUUGAAAACUUGGACUCAUUAACGCAGUUACAACUUCUCGAGCUUGGAGAUAACAGAAUUAAGACGAUUGAGAAUAUUUCUCAUCUAGUGAACUUGGAGCAAUUAUUCUUGGGAAAAAACAAAAUCCGACAGAUUGAAGGAGUGGAGACUCUUCAAAAGUUGCGCGUUCUCAGCAUUCCAGGAAAUCGACUUGUGAAAAUUGAGAAUAUUGAGUCGUUGAUAGAUUUGAAAGAGCUCUAUCUCAGUGACCAAGGACUUCAAGACAUCCAUGGAGUCGAAAAUUUGUCGAAUCUCACUCUUCUCGACGUAGCCAACAACGAAAUCAAGACAUUCAGUGGAGUUGAAAAGCUUGAAGCUCUCAACGAUUUUUGGGCGAACGACAACAAAGUGGAAUCGUUCUCUGAAGUCGAUCUUCUCUCGAAAUUGAAAGAUCUUCAAACUGUUUAUUUGGAGAGAAACCCAUUCUAUUUCCAUGAUACGAAUCAAUACCGCCGGAAGGUCAUGCUAACGCUAACACAAAUCACUCAGCUUGACGCCACAAUGUGCCGACAACCGACUUCUUCAUGA